UCAAUUGAGAUUCUCCCCUAGACUCCCCGUUAUCCGUGGGGGAGACCAACUCUGGUUGUAGUAGUCGCGCUCAGCAGCCGCACCCGAGAUCGAAACUGGAGUGGGAAGAAGCAAGCGCAAGCGCCAUCCGGAGCGCAUCAUUGAGAAGCCACAGAAUCAAAACAAUAAUUUCGCACUGAGAAAAAUACCACGGUCAAACAUCGUCGCCUCAUCUGACCUUAAGAAAAACGGAGGGACAAGAUCAUUCAUGGAAAUAAAAUAGAAACCUGCGAGUUUUAAUUGUUUUAUUUUAAUCUUCUUUUUUUUUCUUUCUGACAACAACACAGCCAUUUCAACCCCAAAAUGACUGAGAUAACCAAUUUAAGACCAGCAUAUGAGGUGUCCCCGGUGCUGGCGGGCUUCCUGGGCGCCGGGGUCCUGGUGGUCUCGGUCACAGUGGCCGUCUUCCUCUGGACCUGCUGCCAGCGUCGCUACCGCCAGAUGACGGGCAGCUACAAGCUCCAAUCGGGACCCUGCGACCCGUCCGUGGACCCGCCCUACAAGUUUAUCCACAUGCUCAAGGGAAUCAGCAUCUACCCGGAGACACUCAGUAACAAGAAGAUCGUCCGCGUGGGUCGACGCCCGGGCUCCUCGGGAAAUGGCGGCGGAUCCGGCGUCGAGUGGGGUCGUAAUGGCGAGCGAGGAAGAGGGGGAGGAAGGGUGAUGCUGGUGGACGCUGACCCAGAAACGGGCCUGCUCAACGGCUCCACCCACCUGCAGAUGAGUCACCUGCUGCCUCCUGCUGGACAGCCCAGGAUAGAGCGGGCGCUGCCCAUCCGAGCCGACUACUGCUGCCUGGAGAGCAGCUCUGGAGGUAACAGCAGUAGCAGUAGCUGUGAUGCCAGCAAGACAGCCUCGCCCUUUACCCCGUGCCAGGGGGAGGGCACCACCACGCCGCACGCUGCCCUAGGUACCCUCAGCCUGUCCGUGGACUACAACUUCCCCAAGAAGGCGCUGGUGGUGACCAUUGUUGGCGCCCAGGGUCUGCCGGCCGUGGACGAGCAGGCAGGUAGCUCGGACCCCUACGUGAAGAUGACCAUACUGCCAGAAAAGAAGCAUCGGGUCAAGACCCGCGUCCUGAGGAAGACCUUGGAGCCAGUGUUUGACGAGACGUUUACGUUCUACGGCGUGGCCUACAGCACACUGCCCGACCUCACACUGCACUUCCUGGUGCUCAGCUUUGACCGCUUCGCCCGUGAUGAUGUCAUCGGGGAGGCGGCAGUGCCUCUGGCCGGGGUGGACCCCAGCACGGGACGAGUUCACAUCACCCAACAGAUCAGCAAGAGACACAUCCAGUGUGUGAGCCGUGGGGAGUUGCUGGUGUCUUUGUCCUACCAGCCUGUCACUCACAGGCUCAAUGUGGUGGUGCUGAAGGCCAAACACCUGCCCAGGAUGGACAUCACUGGCCUGUCAGGCAACCCCUACGUGAAGGUGAACGUGUUCUACAGCCACAAGCGCAUCGCCAAGAAGAAGACGCACGUGAAAAAGUGCACACUCAACCCCGUUUUCAACGAGUCAUUCAUCUACGACGUGCCUGCCGAGCUGCUGGCCGACAUCUCCGUGGAGUUCCUGGUGGUCGACUUCGACCGUACCACCAAGAACGAGGUGGUGGGCCGCCUGGUGCUGGGUGGCCAGAGCCUCAUGCCCACUGGGGUCACCCACUGGAGAGAGGUCUGCGACAACCCCCGCCGGCAGAUUGCCAAGUGGCACACCCUGGGCGAGUAUUAGGACAGCUCAGAAAAAUCUCCCCAAAUGUUCAAAAAUCGUGCAAUUUCUCGGAGCGGGUAUUCCGUCGGAAAACCACCACCGCUACUAUUUCAAUCCUAUUCUCUUCGAAAAAUAAAUAAAAGAAUGAAAUAGAACCCUUCCCAUCUGAAAUAAAGAGACCCAACCCGACCACCGUAACCCCACCCAGCAUGGACGUGUAAGGUAGGACCGUUCUCUUCUAUGAAAAAUGACCGCAACCAUUGAGAUGACCCCCGGGGGCCGAGAAAAAUCUGACCAGACUUUCAGAAAUCACUGACGACAAAAGACUUGAUUGAGGAUUUCAAAAUCUAUAUCUGAAUAUAUAAAGACAUAUUCAAAUGUAUACACAAAUAUAUAGCCUACACAUUCAAUACUGUUAGCAGUAUCUAUGUGGUCCUACCGGUUGGGUGGGGGUGUAAAGGGGAUGUGGUUAAUCCGGUCAGAGUUCACAUCAGAGUGCGUCACAAUCACCCACCCUCGUUCACCAGCCCCUGUCACCCAUAGGUAUAAACAUUCAAUUACUUGCUUGCUUGAACAAGUUAAAUAUAAAACACACCUGGGAAGGAAGGUGGCCACAGAAUACAGUAUGCAAGACUUUCUCUUAACCUAGUGUACCAAUUCCCUUUAAACCAGGAAGUAUCUCCUGGUACUGCACAAAAUUGGGAGGGUUUAUGUUAAUUAGAGGGUGUGGUUAAUUUAUAUUGAGACGGGGCUGUUUUUUAAAGUAGGGACGUUUUUUUUUUUUUAACAGGAGUGGUAAUAUUAGACGUGUGGUCAAUCUAUGGGGCAGGAUAGAGUACUAUAUUACAAUAUUCACGGGAUAAUACUGAUAUCGCUAAGUGUUUUUAAGUUAUGGGCAGGUAAGGCUAUAGGGAUGUCUUGAUCUUAUCUACCACCACGUUUAUGUUUCUUAAUUUCAAUGUGGACCAUAUAUGUUUCAUCAGUAAGCUCACAUGUAGCAACAAAACCCAUGAAACCCAGUAGUCAAACUGCGCGAGUCAGAGCUUUUUCAUGCACAGUGUAAAAUGGGCUCGAGUUCAAGCCACCUUUCUUAUCCUAUUUUAGCGAGGCAGAGACAAAAUGGGGAAUUUCAUUUUGUGGGGCAGAUUCAUACCAACGCUGGCAUAACAAUUGGACAUUAUUCACCUGCGGUUCACGUACAUGUUGGAAAACCUGCGUUCAGUAUAUAACAAUGUGUCUAUGAUAAGUCAAUCAAUCAACCAAAUGUAUUUAUAAAGCCCUUCUUACAUCAGCUGAUGUCACAAAGGGCUGUACAGAAACCCAGCCUAAAACCCCAAACAGCAAGCAAUGCAGGUGUAGAAGCACGAUAAGUGCAUUGUGGAGCUAAUCAAAACAGUUCAAUCUAAAUUGAGAGGAUGGAAAAUCACUCUGCUACAAAUCUCUGUUAUAUUCCUUCACUGAACCCUCCCUCAGUAGCACACAACCUCAGUGGAUUGGGUCUACCCCAUUAGAGUAAAUGGAUGAUUUCUGGUUUUACUUUGUGACUCCUGUUGCUCUCCCUAUCAUUUCACUGGUGCAUUUAUUUUUAGACCUGACGUGAUUGGUCGAGGCGAGGCUGUAGCCAUGUAGCACGGGAAGCUAUAAUUGUACGGAUCUCAAUGUACCCGAAAGCCGUUGUUAUAGUACAUCCGUUGUCAUGGUGACCACAUGAGCAGAAGGCCAUGAAAUGAUCUGUAACUUUGUCUGUCUAUCACCAAUUCUACCAGAGAGAGCUUUGUAGUUCAUAUGCUGUUCCACAGUGGCCAUUUGGCCCUGUAUACACUUGCAUGUCAGUGCUUUUCUCCUGUUAAUUUAUUAGAAUAAGUAAUUGAGUAGAAUUUACUAGAAUUUAUAGUCAUGCUAUUGGUAACGGCUCAGUCGAUCCUUGUUUGAACUCACCAUCUUUUGGAAAUAUAUUUUGUGUGGGGUGAGUUUGUGUAAGAAUGCAAAUGUUCAUCUCCUGCAAUGUCUCAUCCACUGAAUUCAGCAAAGGUUUCAAAGUGUCAGCUCUGGCUCUGGUGCCCUCCCUUCUCCCCGAGCUCUUGCUCUCUGUUUAUCACCGCUGUUGCUCCACAGCACGGUCCCCAUUCUGUCAGAGGAUUUUUGAACUAUGAUAGUCAAUAGCGAUCAAAUGAAGUCAAGCUGUCACUGCACACUGUCUCUUUGCUGUGUGUGUGUAUACACUGUAUCUCACUGUAGGUGUACACUGCUAACCACUUAGCUUGAAUGUUGCAUAUCCCUACACUCACACACAGGUAAAUAUUGUACACAAUCAGCUUCACGGCCUCUAAGGUGCUCAAACUGAGUCCUUAUAAACUAGCUGCAAUGCUAGCUUGAGUUUGAGCUAAAUUGAGCUAGCAAAUAAAUGACCAUAAAUGUCUGUUAUUAGAUGUUAUUUGCGUGGUGUUGUCACUCAACAAGCUUCUUUGGUUAAUGCUUGGCAUAUCACAGUUUUAUGUAGAUACCAUCGAUAGCAGUUUUGGCACUCGUACGUGUUUAAGCGGGCAGUUGUGUCCUUUCCUAUGAAAGUCAUCACAUUCCACAUGGAACUGAGAGUAGGCAGUAUGCACAUCUGGGCUGCACACUGAACAUUUUGUAUAUCUGAUUGCACUUUGAAAAGCCCAGAGCAACCAUUUUGUUUUUAAUCACUGGUUGAUUUGAUCAAACUUUUUUUUUUGCCACGGAACCUGAUUUAUUUAUUUUUUUGCUCUCUUUUGAUACUUUUGAAAACAAAUAUCUAUUUGUAGUUAUUGUAACAUAAAAGGCUAAUAUCCUGGGCCGUUCAAGUCCUUUGUCCUAUAGUUUUCCCUCACAGCCAUGAGAUAUGAGAAAUUUGUUAGUUACAUGCACAGUAUCUUCAGUUUCCAUCGAAACAAAACAUCAAGGCAACUUGUUGAAACAAAAUGUAAUUGUCAUUGAGAAGCACUGUGUCUCGGAACCCAUUUCAUCAUGUUUGAAUCAUUUGCACAGCACUUUAAAAAAAAAAAAAAAAAAAAUCACAACAGCCGCACAGGUUUUGAUAACAUACAGGCAUUUUUCAAACUGUAGUCUUUCCAAUUCAGAGGAAGAUCCUCUGACUAUCCUUUUGUCUUUCUCUCUGUAGGAGGCUUCCAGUCUGGGGCAUGAUUUAAUUAUAUGGAUAUAAGAUCUGUUGGAGUGAGGUAAAAUUGCAUUAGCCCUAACACCGUGACCCCACCUAGUCUUGGCUUGGGCAAAGAUGUGCUGGGCAGUAGCCUGGAAAUGUGUUUGUAUUUAACAUAUGGGGCCCUGAAGGUAGACUUUAAAUGGCCAAAUUUGUAGUGUGAGCACAGGCUUAAGCAUGUCAGAGUCUCACCACUGAAAGGCCAAUGGGUUGUAGUCCACCGUUUGGCCAACUUUGCCCAGGAGGUUCUAACAUGGUGGCUGAGGAAUAGUGUGAUGUUAUCUUUAUUCAUUGCUGGAGAGUUAAACGGUACAUCUAGAAAGGAGUAGUGUUCAGGCUCCUAACCGUAGCCGCGCUAAUAAGGGUUGCGUUCAAUAUUUUAAAAAAGUGUUAAAGUGGAGCAUUUUUGGAGGGUGAAAGGAGAAUGACAGCGUCUUAGCAUUGUUCUGUGGAAAAGGAUGGCUGUCAAUGUGUCGGUUUGAUAAGGACACAAGUGUUUUUUUGUCUCACGUGUCUGUGCAUGACAGAUAAUUACUGCGAGAGGUGAGAUGUCUUUGGCUAGCAACAUUGUGAGUUCUGUUCAUGACAGGAAGGUUUAGUGGAGAUCAAAUCAAGAUGUAUCAUAAUUGCUAUCUAACAUAUUUUAGAAAACAAACCGUGUACAUUCUCCCGUUUCUGUAUCUUUGACAGAUUUUCUAGUUUCCUAUUUCUAUGUUCUCACUGUUUCUUUCUGACUUUAAUUUGAGAUUCUGGGGUUGUGUAUAUUACAGGUGCCUGUGAUCGAUAUUCAACAGUUUCUUCUUCCUAUGAGCAUUUCCUUUUGUAAAUAGCACAGAAAGCACUCUGCAAAGAUCAGCAACGAUGUCCCAUAUCACUGAAUAAUCCAAACCAAAAUUAGAUGCUGUGUCUUUGUUACCCUCUGUUUUGCUGGCCUCCCCUAAACCCAUAGCUUAAUUAAAACCUCUUUUGUAGAUAUCAAAAUGUAAAUACAGUAUAACCUUGUGUAAAUGAGUUUGUUCCCAGACACUAUCAGGCAGAUGCACUGCCGCCUGUCGUUAGCGUAUGUGAUUGUUUCCCCAGGAAUGGCAAAGGGCUCUCCCCUCGCUGUGAAUGUGUUCAAUUGUUGGGGUGCCCUCCCUUUUCCUAUCCCUUGGCCCUGACUGAAUCCCUCUCUCUAGUCCACUCUCCUUUUCCUCCCAUGAGAACCCAUCCCACUCUUUCGCUGUUGUGUGUUGUACAGACAAAUCUGAGCUGUGAAUAAAAAGAGACAAAGAAAUCAAUGGGUUGUGAGUAUCCCAUUGGCUGUCAUUGAUUCACCGCCUCAGUCAUAAUUGAAGGUCAGAGUUGUACGUUGUGUGUGGGGGAAAUGCAAAACAAGACCAGUACUCUGAAAUGUGUUUAAACUGCAUAAUGCUAUGAAGUCUAUGCUAAAUAUAUUACACUAAUGCUGACUUGUUGAAUUUGUUAACACAAUGAACGUGCAAAUAAAUAAAAAAAACUGAUACACUA